AACAGAUAGAUUGAAUUGAAUAUAGAUUGAGUAAAUUCUUAGUUAUACUCAUGGAAGAAGGAUGCAAAUUUCUUAGCUCCGGUGAUUUCCAUUUUUUGAUUGAUUAACUGGAUUUAUAAGUGUUUUUUUCAUAGUAUUGUGUUCCUGAGAGACAGCUUGUCCACCUGAUUUUCUUUCCUGAUAUGGCCUCCUCGGCAUCAUCGACCCCUAACCCGAAUAGUCAGGAGAUACCUUGUGCCAGUAAACCACCUGUUUUGUGGCUACUUUCAAAGGCUUACAAUGGAGAUAUACCCAAUGAAUUAAGGAACCCUUAUUACAAAGAUUAUGAGGAACAAUAUCGUCUAAAACCUCAAGUGGUGCAUGGACUAGCAAACGCGGAGCUUUACUGUUUGGCUCUUGCCAAUAUCUAUGCGGACCCAAAUUACCACUGUCUCAAUCAUCAUUCAAUUAUACAACUACUCAUUCGAAAGGGUAUUUAUGUUACAGAGCCGCAUGAUACGGAUUUGACGGAAACCAUUCUCAUCCAGACAAGCCCCAUAAGAAUGAGCGCUCAUAUGGUGAUCAUUGAGGCUAUUAUGGCAUUGUUUAUCAAAGAAGUUUUGAUACCAGAGAAGAUAUUUGAAGUUGUGAGUCGCUUCCAUCCCGUGGAAACUUCAGACAUGCCUGUGGAUCCUGAAGAGGCAGCAAUAUUUUGGAUAAAUCACGCUUGUCUUCGAAUGAGGCAUAAAAUUUGUGAAGAGCUUAGUAAUCUAGAUUCAGUCAAUCAGAUUUUACCUCCUAUACCUUUUAUCGAAGAUCUCCAAGAUAUUAGUGAUGGUUGUUGUUUGGCCAUUUUACUUAGUCUAUAUUGCCCUGACCAUUUAAGUUGGACCGAAAUUUGUUUCCCCAGCGAAAAUGAUCAAACCUGGCUAAAUGAUUCCAUUUACAAUCUUCAAUUAGUACAAUUUUUCUGUCAAGAAAAAUUACCCUACAAUAUAUGCUUCCUUUCUCUUGAAGAUUUUCUCUAUCUUCCUCAAACUAUUCGUCCUAAUGUUUUAGCGUUUCUAGCUGACCUUUUGUACCUUUUUGAAAUUCGCCCGGCUCCCUGUGUUCGUCGACCUGGAACAAAGGAGGAGUUUGAUUUGUCUGACGAAGAGUGUUCCAGUCUUAAUGGAAGUCAGCUAAGAGAAACUUCGUGCCUCACUCCAUCUGAAAUGAAAAUGAAAUCUCUUCAGCAUACUAGUUGGGGUGAACAAGAAACUACAGCAAAUCAAUCAAAAUCGAGUUCAUCAAGGAUACAUAGUUUCCGGCGUAAUUCGACCUUUCAAUCUGAUGAGGAGGAAGAUAUGGCCAAAUAUUUUUCGGCAAUGGAUUUCAAGGAUGACUAUGAUGCUGCCUACGAUUCCGUUUCAAAUGGUUCGAAUGGCCCUCGAUCGUUAAAUCCAGCUGCAAGUUAUACUCCUACUUCUUCCUCCUCCUCGUCGGAUAGAAAAGUUUUAAUGACAGCAGCAGGAUGCUCAUCAUUAGCAUCUAACCAACAAAGAUCAACUCUAACUGGUUUCGAUCAACCUGAUCGUUCAACUUUGCAUCACCACCGUCGUAACUCAUUUAAAUCUAGUGAUAACGCUCAUUCAUCUUUAACUCCUAAACCAUUAAGAAGUGAUUCUGGUUCUCAUCUCGUUGAUUAUUUUUGCCAAAUCGGUGAGGAAACAAACCAGGAAGCACUGUCAUCAACCAAAAAACCAGCGAUUGUCACAAGUUUUGCAAGCCAGUCAAAAUCCAAGGAUUUGAUUAGUGAGAAUUCUAGAUACGAAGCCAAUUCAUUCAACGAGGAUAGUUCAUCUCAUAUUGGAGCAAGUGGACCAGGAAUAAACAUAGCUUUUAAACAAAAAAGUGAUCGAAACUCUUUUGAAAAACAAGACAUCGAAAGUACAGACAAAGAUAUGCGUGAACGCUACAGAACAUGGAAUAAAGAUAGAUUUGGUGAAACUGUUAGCGAACAGGCCAUGGUCAACAACUUAAGCUCUGCUAAAACUUUAGCACAAUUAAAUGAUAGUUCUUCUAUCAGAAAGUGCCUGGAACAUGAUGAUAAUUUGAAAAUGGAAAGCAGCAAGUUAAGUGAGCAAUUAAUGCAGCAAACUCAACAGUUGCAACAGCAAAAUCAACAAUCACUGUCUCAAGCUCAACAGUUAUUUUUCCCGGAGGAAAAUAAAGCAAAUGGUCAAUUAGUGUUACAACCAGGAGCAACCAGUGAACAGGUUAACAUGCAAGUUGCAUCACAGAUUCACAAUGUAAGGUUAAAAUUAGAAGAAAAGAGGAGGUUGAUUGAACAAGAAAGGAAAUCUGCUGAGGAUAUGUGGAAAGCUAAGAGACAAGAUAUUGGUAAAGAGGCCUUUUUAAGAGUACUUAAAUCAAAGAAAAGUGAUUCCGGUUUAGAGGACUCCAAUGAAAAAGAAAGCAUAGCCGCGUCAUCAGAAAAGGAGUUAUCUGAUGCAUCAUCAACAAAAGAAGAUGAGAUCCCCAAUUAUGCCACGGACAAAGGAUUUUUUAUAUCUUUUGCUGAUGAGAAGUUACCUCAAGUUAAACCACCUCCUUUACGACCAAAAUGUUUCAGAGCAGUUACUGUUAGCCGUGAUAGGCGUAACAGCCGUAGUGAUCUAAGUAUGAGUGACAUGAAUGACAUAAGACUUUCUGGAUCAGAUCGAGCCUCAGUGCGAUCAUUGACCAGCUCAGAAAACGCUGAAAGAUCGCGAAGUGAAAAUAAUGUUCCUUUUAGACUUAAUCAAAGACAAAAUCAUUCAAACUCUAGUUUAAAUAGCAAUGCCAACACUAGUAGCAAUUAUAGUAAUGUUAAUAUUAGCAAAAACAGUGUCAACAACAGUGCGAGUUAUCCAGCAUCCCAGAAAAGUGGAUCAAACGAUGGCGAUAGUAAUAAAGAAAAUAAUUCAGAUAUUUUGCCUAAUAAUCAAUCUGAUCAACCCAGAUCGUUAACCCCUGGAGUUGGUUUCAUUAUUGGAGCUGACUCUGAAGCAUUAGAUCCUGUCUCUGAGCUUGAAAUGGCCAAGAAGAAAGAAAUGAUUAUGUUACAGUCUUUGAGACGAAGAGCAAUGCAAGAGGCCAAAAGAACACAGAAAGAAAUUGAAUUAGCACGACAACGUGAUUUAGAUAGGCAAAGAAAAGAAUCAAUUGAAAGAAAAAAAGAAGAGGAAAAAAUGAGAAGACAAAUAAUUCUGGAACAAUAUCGCCAACGAAAGGCACAGGAAGAUGCUAAUAAAGAUGAAAGUAGUUCCAAUUUUUCUAAUCUAUCAAAAGAUUCAGUUCGCAAUGGUUCCACUCUUCUUUUGAAUCGUCCUUCUCGGUCCCGACCCGCUUCAGGAACUAAACCUCGACCAAAAUCACUUCACGUCAGUGCCUCUAAUAUUCAAGAUUACACUUCGCUUGACCCAAAACCAUCUAGAAUAACUGAUGAUAUUGGUACAAAUUAUACAAAUUAUUCAAAUUACAAUGCUUCCAUUGCUCUUAAUCCUUCUGGGAGUAAAUCAAAUUCACGUCCAGGGUCUUCUAUGUCAACAACAAAUAACUCGAGAAGGUUGCCAUCACCAACUUCCCGGUUACCCCAAUUACCAGCAUCUUGUAUACUUGGUCGAUAUAAAGGAGGUCCAUCUUCAGAUGGUGCUUCUGAUGCUGGUUCAACAUUUUCCGAAUACACGGGACCCAAAUUGUAUGUCAAGCCAACAGCUAAAUCAAAUAGAGGGAUUAUAACUAACGCUAUAAAUGUUGUUUUGGCUGGUGCUGUUAAUGCCAAUCUUAAAAAGAAAGUUUUAGAGGAGAUGAAUAAUAGUGAAAGUAAACACUUUUUAAUACUCUUUCGGGGUGCUGGAAUGCAAUUCAGAGCCAUUUAUUCCUAUAAUCCUGACCGUGAAGAUCGCCAAGAAAUAGUUAAACUCCAUGGAAAUGGACCUAAAAUUGUUACAGAUGAUAUGAUUGAUAAAUUUUAUAAAUAUAAUUGCGGAGGAAAAAACUUCAACGAGGUUCAGACCAAGCACUUAUCGGUUACAAUUGAUGCCUUCACCAUACAUAAUACUCUCUGGUCUGGUAAAAGAGUGUUACCAGCCAAAAAGGAUUCAUUCUGAAUCACAAAACAUAAUCUUACCCCUUAACCCGUUUCUUAUUCACAUUCUUGCAAAUCUAUCUUUUAUCAUCUCUUGAUCGCCUUUCAUUUUUAACCACACGAAAAGAUUCUAGAUCUGUAACAAUUAGAUUAAUCAAAAGAAACAAAUAAUGAGUUGAAACAUUGAUAUUGAUUCAAUGAGAGUACCUAAAACAAAAUUGGACUCUUCGUUUUAUCAAAUCGAUCCAGAGACAGAAAAUUGCUCGAAUUAUAUUGUUUUAGAUUUAAGUUUACCCAAAUAGCUUGCAAUUUAUUCAUGAUUAACCUAUGAAAAUCCAACAAUUAUUACUAUCAGUUAUCCUAUUCAAUUUUUAUUUCAUUGUCAUGUUACAUAGUAAUUAUUAGUACUAAAAAAUUCUAAUUAUUUUGAUCUCCCAAAUUACUUAACUCAUCAAAAUGUAACCGAUAGUUAUAAAACUUCCUGAAAUUAUCUGUAUCCGAAUGGUUCAACUUAUAAUUUUAGAAUUGACUAAUCUAAUUGACCAAGAUUCAAACUCGAGUGAAAAUAUAUUUAGCAAUGGCAAAAUUUGUAAACUGAAUAGCGUUAUAAAGCAGCUAAACGCAUUGAACUAAUCCAGUUCUAAUAGAGAUUCUAUCUAAUCUUCAGUCUUUCUCUGUUAUAAUUUUUCCUCAAUUCUAUUCAUUCACCUAUUCUAUCUCUCUAUUAUUUAUAACAUUCCUAAACUAGCCUUUUCAUUACUAGCACUUUGAGUCUUCCCCUAUUUUCAUCUUCAUCUUAUCCUCAAAUUGCCUCGCCUCAUUCUUGUCUCAAUUCUUGUAACAACUUCUUUUCAUGUUAACUAAUUUACCAGGUCAAUAGAGAAUCAAUCUUGUAAAUUGUACCUUGUUCAUGUCAUUUCGAAUUUGUUGCAACAAAAACUCCCCUUGCGUUUAAAUCAACAAAUUUUUCCCAUUAUCGACCUUAUAUUUCCAAAUUAAAGAAACUUGGUAUAAAAUGAUAUUUGCAAACAAACCCAUGAUGAUCGGAAAGCUUUUACCUGAACAAAUACCGUGACUUCAAUCUUUACCUUUCAAUUAUCAGAUCACAUUGAAAAACGAUAAGAAACGUCAACAAGAUUGUUUGACGUUAGUUGUUAUUGUUUCUGUCUUUUUUUCCUUUCUUUCAUUAACUUUCUAUUAUUGUGAAUAUUAUUUCUUAUUAAUAGCAUCGACUGAUUUCCAAUGUUACUGAAAAAGCUGAUUGAAUAGCCAAACAAUGAUGGAUUAACGUGUUUUACUGGUUGCUCGGUGACGCUUUUUUUCAAAUUAUGCUGGACUCAAUUUUGUAUUUAACUACAAUUUCAAGGAAUCUUCAACCUUCAACUAAAUCAAAACUAACAGCUUUUUUUGUUUCAUUUCAAAUUAGUUUUUUCUCUGAUUGUUUCUUAAAACUGCCAUCAACAAUAGUAUCCAAAUGACAAGGUGAACAUGAAGGAAGUACAAUCUAAUUAAUCAAACCUGGAAGUAAAUGCUGGUCCAGUUGGCUAUAUUUUUAAAUUUAUGUCCAAUUGUACUUUAAACUCUCUAAUUAAUCCAAAUCUCAAUAAAUUUAUACUGAAUUGUAAAAAAUUAA